AUGGCCAUUUGGCCUCGAUACCAUCAAGUGUGUACGAGUACAUUUGUUCAAAAUGAUGGUUGGCUCGAAUAUUGGCCUGUGAAUUUGAUUGAUCCAAAUGAUACAAAUAAUCGAGCUUUUUCGUCAAACGACUUUCGUGUAACUGGUCAGGCGUUUUUUCAACAACUGCAAACAUUUUGUAAUUUGGCUACUGAUAUAGUGGCAAACGCAGUGGAAGUAUUUAACCGGACAAACUUUAUAAGUGCAAAACCACUAGCGCAAGCUGAUUUCAAUGCACAAACAUCGGCUAUAUUCACACAAUUCAAACAACAGGUCAGUGUUUAG